AUGGCCGACCCACAGGUGCCGUUUUUGGCCAAGGCCAAGGUCUCCUGGUCUGGCGAGGAGGACGGCGACUUGGGUUUCCUCGAGAACGAGGUCAUCAAGGUCUUCCACAUUGUCGACGACCUGUGGUGGCAAGGGCUGCUUCUGAGAAACGGCAACGAGGGCAUUUUCCCCAAGGACUUUGUCAAUGUCGUUGUGGAUCUGAGAUCCAACAGCGCCGCCCCGACGCCGACGAGAAAUGCCCGCUCCAGGGAAACAACCCCAGCCCCCAAGAGCUAUACACCUACAAAGCUCAAGAAGGCUCCCUUCAGCCCUUCCACCACCCCGACCAAGUCCCCUUACCGCAUGUCGCCGGCCUCCAAGCUGGCGCCCCACCUAGACGAGUCUAGACACUACGACACUUCCUUUGACAGGAAGCCAAAAUACGAUACAAGCUUUGACAGGAAGCAGAAGUACGACACGAGCUACGACAGGAAAAACGCCUCCUUUACGGCGCUGCACGGCAACAGCCCGGAGAGAAAGCUCUACUCCCAGUACGUCAUGGGUCCGGGGCUCGAUAAACGCCAUAGCAUGGUGGAAUUGGGUGCCCAGGACGACGACUUGUUGGAGCUGAUCUCGCACAAGAAACAGCAGCUUGAGAAGGAAUUGAUGAACUUGCGCCGUUUGGAGCGGUCCCACGUUCAGCUGAAGCAGCGCCGCAGCCAGCUGGUCGAGAGUUCUUUUGUUAGCGAGGAUAUCUUGUCGCUGAGACGCAACUACACAUCCAAAGACGAUCUCGGCGCCAAAUUGGCGCUUUUGGACGAGCCUGAGCUUGUUGACGACGAAGACGAGCCUCCGCCGCCGCCUCCACCUCCAAAGCAUAAAAGCCCAGCGCCCUUUGCGCCUGAAGAUUUCCGAGCAUCUGGUGCUUCUCAGCAGAACAUGGACCAAUCGUGGAGGCAGCUGCAGAACGAGCAAUUGAAGCUGUCGCUCAAGUCGUUGCAAAGCGACGUGCUCAAUCUUUCUGAGCUCAGCGCAACGUCCGCCGGUUCUUUCAUGAGGCACAAGUACGAGAAAGACAUGAACGAGUCCGAGAACAGGAUGAAUCGUAUGAGCAUCGCCGAGGACGAGGAGCCCAGCGACGUCAUGAACUCGGUCUUCAGAGACAAGAAGUCCAAGCAUCCCAAGAUCUUCAAGAUGUUGAUGAAAAAGAAGCCCGAGCAGAACUUGAUGGAACAGCGUCUUCAGCAGGACCAGCCCGAUGACUGGCAGAGUGUCAAGGUGGACUUGAACAGAAUGAACACCUUGAUCACUCAGGACAAGCAGCUGCGGACCAAAAGAGCCGUACGCGAAGAGCCCAAUUUCAUCGCAAGGCCUUUGGACUUCAUUACCGACAUCAAUGAAAGCGAGACAUUUGGCCCUGAUCAGCAUUUAGAGCCACCCAAGGAUAUGAAGGUCAAUUACCGCAAGGUGGCAGACUUUUCCGAACGAUACUCCCAUAGCUUCGACUUCAACGACUUGAUCUCCGAUAUCAGCGUCAAGUUUGGCACCUGGAGACCUAAUGAAAUUAGGGCCGUUCUCAUGCAUUUGUGCAAAUUUCAUAUCAUCGAGGAAAGCGAGCGGAUUCUGCAAACAAAGCCCAAGUUGCAAGAGAUCAUGGCAAAGGGAGAAGCAACCAUUUUCCAGCUCAACUAUCUCUUCAAGAAGCUCCUUGAAGCGUUACGGAUCCCAGCAGAGGUGGUACUUGGCUUUUGGAAAAAGCCAAACGAGUUCUACCAUAAUGAGCAAUACGUCAUUAAUCACUGCUGGCUCUCUGUGAUGGUCGAGACAGAUAUGUAUGGAAAUGGUGUCUUCCGCGUCAUCGAUCUCAUGUGUUUCAAAAAUGGUCCAAUUUGCAACAAGGAGGGUUUCAACGAAUUCUACUUCUUGGCCGAACCGCUUGAUCUCGUUUCCACGCACAUUCCUUCGGUGAUUGAGUUGCAGCACGUCUGCCCUCCAGUCGAUCUCAACAUUGCCUAUCAUUUGCCUAGAACCUAUUCAGGAUGGACAAAAAACAGUCUUCUGUUUAAAAACUUCAACAAUGCAUUGACCCGGAUCAGAGAUUUAGAGUUUUUCGAAGCUGACAUUAACCUCCCUGUCGAUGUCGAGCUCUUCACCCUAAUUAAAACGUCAAGGACCACUUCUAAUGAUUACACGUUGUGUCAGGUCUAUUGGAGCGGCAGCAAGCGAAUUGCCAAAGUCAAGGCGGUACUUCCGGACAAGGAAGAGGUUGGCGUCUUGCAGAUUUUCGCCGGUCCUAAGGGUCUCCAGACACAUUUUGACAAUAUUCACGAGUUGGCAUGCGUGGUACCGCUUUAUCAUCAAGGCUCCCAGAAACCUUGCAAGUUCGUGCCACGUUACCCCACCAACCAGGCACAAAAUAACGAUCUUUACAUCAAGCAUCCCCAGCUCAACAACAUCAGUGUUGGCCACGCCUACAACUUUGAAAUCGAAGCUCAUCCGUCCAUGGGACUCAACAGCGGGCUGGGUAUCAUGAACCAGGACUUCAAGCUCGUCAUUGAAUCGCCGCUGGGUAAAUACACCCGGUUGAUGAAGGACGAGCCCCACAAGCCUUACGGAACGUUCCGCAGCAACAUCAAUUGCCAGGAAAAUGGAACAUACCGUGCGUUGGUUAUAGGCGACAGCGGCAACAGCUGGUAUGUGUUUGCUCAAUGGGAAUGUGCUGGGUUGCAUUAA